CAAGGAACGUUUCAAAGUUAAUGGCGCGUUUACUUUAUCGUUAAAUUUUGCCCGUUCUACAGAUGUUUGGAUAUACGUUCUCUAUAAAUAACGACAUGUAUUAGCAAGGUAUUGCUUAUUUGCAAAAGCAGACGAAAUGAAUCCUCGUGAUACCAGCGAAAAGCUGACUUCUCCAGCUGAUUUCAUAUCAACAAAUGUUGGAAGAGAUACUCAGAGGAACCUUAUGCCCCCUUCUCAUUUCAUUUCGAGUCACCAAUCCACAUCUGCAUCAGGAGGUCAGCUCUCCUCUGGACCAGCAACAGGUGGCCACCACAUCACUCCUUCGUCAUUGCCAGGACUCCAGAGAUUUGGUGCGACAGCAAUACCUUGGACCCCACUAUCCACAACUGUGCCAGGGGAUCCAUGGCUGGCCAUUGCCCAGACCAACAAGGAAAUACUGCAGCUUUGUGAAGAAAAUCAGAGACUCAAGGAAAAAAGGGACCGGUCACCUUCAGCUCAGCACAACACACACUCGGCUAGGUGUGGAGAGCGGGGUGGGCUGGAGUCAGAGUGGCGUCUGGAUCUUGAAAGACUUCGGUCAGAGAGUGAGAGGCUGCGAGGCCAGGUGGAGACCCUGAGAGACAGUGCUGUCAGACAGAGGGAGGAAAUGAGGGACAAAGAAAGCACUAUUCACAGGCAAAGUCAUGAGCUGGAGGAGUUGCGUUCCGAGAUGUGUCGCUGUAAAGCUGAACUGGCCCAGAAUACGUUAGACUUGACUCAGAAGAAAGAGGAAAGGGAGAAACUCCUCUCUCAGUUGGACAAACUCCAGAGGGACUUUUCUGAGGAACGGAACAGGUAUCUGAGGGAACUGGAAGCCUCCUGUAAGGAUGUCCAGAGACUCACAUGUGAAUCCCAGAAACUGAGUGUGCAAGCCAAGGAGGAGGCCAGCUUAGAAGCAGGGAGACUUCGAGAGCAGCUGGAGAGAGCCGUUCAGACACAUCAGAGUCAGAUUGAACAGAUGUCUGUGGGCCACAGAGAAGAAUUGGACAUUUUGAAACAGGUGAAUUCCGACCAGCAACUCAGACUCAGUGAUGUCACCCAGGAAGUGACUUCACUUCGAGGCCGUUUGCAGGAUAUCAGCGCAGAGAGAGAUGGUCUACGAGAACAACUACGGCAGUUGCAUCAAGACUUUGAGGUUCAGGCAGAGACAAUUCAGAGUCUUCGGACGUACAUCGGCCAACUUACUCCAGAGAGAGGAGAGCAGGAGAGGUUGACGGAGAAAAUACAGACACUGGAGAAGGAGAGAGAGGCCCUGCAGAUGUCACUGGAGCUUGUAAACAUUAGACUAAAGUCUGCAAAUGACAUUGUUGCCAUUCAGGAGAAAGAGCUCACUGAAGAGAUGAAAUGCAGCUCCGUACUGAAAGGCAGCAGCAAAGGCAGCAAAGUGCUGGCUCAGUGGAGACACAAGGUGUUCCUGCUCCUAGUGCAACUCCGGGCCAAAGACCUGCACUUCACCGGGGAGAAGAACUCCUUGCACUCCACUAUCUCUUCUCUGGAGGAGGACUUGGAGAGAGAGAGGAGCCAGCACAGUCUGGCUCAGCACACACUGCAAGACCGACAGGCUCAGCUGGACCUCCAGUGUCUCCACACACAGACACUGCAGCAGGAUUUGGCCAGUUUCAAGGAGGAGAACGAUAGACUGAAGCAGGACAAUCAGACCUGCACAAAGGCCCUAAAGGAUAUCACAGAGAAUGUGCAGAGCGUUGGUGUUCUGUUCGAGAGGAACAUGGCUGACAUGGAGGAUGCUCAGAGUCGUCUCAGUGGCUUAGGACAGAGAGUCACUUUUGCCACGAGGAGAAUUGAUACCAUUCAAGGUCUACUUAUGAGAAGAGAAGCUUUAAGAAAAGUCCAACAGACAGCAAAGCCAUCAGAGACCCUUUCAGACAGAAGGUGCAUUGCUGACCUCCAGGCAGAGGUGGCGAUGUUGAGCCAAGAAAGGGAUAAACUGGCCCAGGAGCUCAAACGCACCCCAGAGCUGAUUCAAAGUGCUCUCGUCGACCUGCAGGAGAAGAUGGACUCUGAGGUGGGCCGACUGAGUCAGGCCCUGCUGGAGAGUCAGCAGGAGGCUCGGAGCUCCGAGACCUGUCGCCGGGAGACAGAGCUGGAGUUGCAGCAACUGCAGGAGCGCGCUCAGGAGCUGGAGGGCCUGCUCGCGGAGCUGCGUGAGGAGGCUCAGCUUAAGCAAGAGGAGACUGAGCGAGAAUUCAAGCAGAAGCUCUCGGAAGUGGAGAGUCAGUGUAGAACGCAGCUGAGAGCCAUGGAGGCUCAAGUGAACACGGCCCGAAGGGAGCACACUAAAGCAGUGGUAGCUCUGCGGCAGUGUGAGCGCCAGGCGGAGAGGGCUCGCGAGCAGGAGAGAGCGGCGCACACGCUCCAGAGUGAGCAUGCCCUCAAAGAGAUCGCUCUGCUCAACAAGCAGCUCAAGGAGAAGGACAAAGACAGGAACCUGCUGCUUGCGGUGGUGCACGAGCAGGGGCUGAUGGGCGAGUACAGGAGACUCAGGGGCGCGGCGCGGCGCCCCUCGCAGGCCUCAGAUCAGCAGCGGGAGCGCGAGAAGGCGAAGGAGAAGGAGAAGGAGAGUCAGGUGCUGCAGCCCCGGGCGCACGACGCAUUGCUGUCGGUGCUGGGCGACCUGCAGGCUCUGAGCACGGCCGUCAUGCACAGCUCGGAGGAGGGCAGCGAGGAAGAGGAUGGACGCGAGGAAGGUCAGGGAGACAGAGACACUCAGGCCGGUCUCCUCCGAUAACUAGAGUUUUUAAGAAGAUUUUUUUUAACGAGAUCAUCUGAUUCUGAACAUAUUUGUUAUGUAAUUUAUAUGCUUUUAGUUCACAAUAAAUUAUUUAU